CCUACAACGGGUAGUGAUGAGGUUGUGAUAGUUGAGGAAGUUGUGGCAGAUGAAGUAGUAAGUUCCAAAAAUCCAGAAACUUCCAAUUUAUCAACAUCUAUGGUUGAUCAGCUGCGACCAAUAUUCCCGCAAUUAUCAAACGAUGAAUUAAGAGAGGCAUCAGAACGUUAUUUAUCUGUUGAUGAUGCCAUUGAUGGUCUACUUGAAAAAAUCCCAGGGGGAAAUGGCAAGUAUUUCUCGUUUAUAAUAAGCAAUAUUACAUCCAAGAAAACAGGCACUUCUAUAAAUGAAAAAUUAAUAUUCAAUAAAUGGAAAUUGUAA